UGUUCGAAUCGGUCGAAAGCUGGCGCAAAGGCGAGGCAAUUUCAAAACAAGUCAUCAAGUGGAUUAUGUUUGUGUAUUGACGAUCGACGAUCUAAUGGAUUAUCAAAAGAUGAAAGAUUAUACGAACUGGGUAUUCAUGCGAUCUACCUAAAAAUCUCCAGUGAUUGACUAUGUUUGUGAGUAACGUUGGCGUGUGCGCGAAAACUGUACCUUUUAUUGUAGAUUUCAUUUGCUAUCGGUACUGGUUGACAUUGACAUUUGGUGGCCCGUGACUGUUCUAUAUCGAGAGAGAUUAACAGGUAAUCCCGGUGCGUGUGAUUAAUUCCGACCCAGUUCAUUCCUUGCAGUGCAACCAGUGUCACAGGAUUAAUAAUAACGAAACGUACGCUUGAAAUCUUUACAUUGUGUCAUGUUGCCCGGCGAGGUGUGUUUCAUAGGGCGUGAUAUUUUAUACAUUGUGGUUUGAUAAUUUGUUACGGAAUCACAGAGUGAGUAAAUAUGUCAGGAAGGAUAAAUUCACCGAAAAAGGCUACGCCUAAGGGUAAGAGUAAGAGACUUUUACCCUAUGUUCCAUCCAAUGCUGUCUCAAAAGGGGUAACAUUCAAUGAAGAAACGGUCGAAACUUCUAUAGGAGGCACUCAGUCUACUGGGAUGAUUAAACCUGAGGCAGCUAUACACCCGUUGUCCCCAAUGGAAAAUAAUCUUAUGUCAAGAUUUGUGUCCAAGUUUACAGAAAAACUUGGAUUAAAUAUUGGUAAAGAAAACAAAGGCAUGGAUAACCCACCUCAGCCAAUUGACACAUCUACUCCUGAUUCAAGUCUUGAAGAUACGAAAGAUCAAAUCAUGAAGAAACCAGAGGAAUGUCUUCCAAAAGAGAAGAAAGUUGAAACACUGCCUCCAAAAGUGAAGAAAGUAGAGGAGGCUCCUAAAAAGCCUCUCUUUGACAUUGAAUUAGGGCCUCCAUGUACAGAUCCAUUUCGGACACCAACAAAAGUUGCAAGACGUCAUACGCUGGAAAGCCGUAUAUUUCGGACUCCGGACUGUUACAAAGUUGUACAGAUGGAAACCCCCCGGAAAUAUGACAUGAGUUAUGAUGACCUUGGUGAUAUCGACAGUGAUGAAGAUAGCUGUACGAGUGUCACUGUGGCUGUACGUGUUCGACCCCUCAGUCAAAGGGAAUUAUUGGACCCAAAUGUCAAGACAGUUGUGUCGAUGAAUGGCAAUGAAACGACAGUGACAGCAGAGAAUGGUUUGACCUACAGAUUUGCAUAUGACUUUUCCUUCUGGUCAUGUGAGCGAGGCCACAGUGAGUUCUCGAGUCAGCAGUCGGUCUAUGACAGCCUGGCCCAGCCUCUCCUCGGCAAGGCCUUCGAGGGCUACAACACCUGCCUGUUUGCUUAUGGACAGACUGGCAGCGGGAAAAGCUAUAGCAUAAUGGGCCAUGGCUCGGAGACAGGCAUUAUUCCCCGCUUCUGUGAGGAGCUUUUUACUCGAGCAGAAAACUUCCGAGAUAAAGACAAGGUGAAAAUCAGUGUUGAAAUCAGCUUCUUUGAGAUUUACAAUGAAAAGAUUCAUGACCUGCUGAUGUCAUCUAAAGACAAAGGUGGCAAGAAACCCACGCUGAAGGUACGGGAACAUCCAGUGCUAGGGCCGUACGUCGAAGGACUGUCCACGUUUGUUGUCAACUCUUUUGAGGAUGUCAAGGGCUGGAUCACACUGGGAAACAAAAACAGAGCCACAGCUGCCACGGGGAUGAAUGACAAGAGCAGCCGAUCACACUCCGUCUUCACCAUCGUCAUGACGCAGACCAGGACGGAGCGUCUGGAGGGACAAGAUCAUGACAGCUCUGUCAACAGCAAGAUAAACCUGGUGGAUCUGGCGGGCAGUGAGAGACAGUCUGCAGCACAGACCUCCGGGGAGAGACUCCGGGAAGGAGCCAACAUCAACAAGUCCCUGAUGACUCUGGGCAAAGUCAUCUCCCUUCUGUCAGACCAGUCCACCUCCAAGAAGAAACGCUACAUUCCGUAUCGAGACUCCGUGCUCACAUGGCUACUGAAGGAGAGUCUGGGUGGCAACUCGAAGACGGCCAUGAUAGCCACCAUCAGCCCGGCGAACCACCAUACGGAGGAAACACUCAGCACACUCAGAUACGCCAAGCAAGCCCGAUCCAUCGUCAAUGUCGUGCGUGUCAAUGAAGACCCCAAGGCCAAGAUUAUCCGGGAGCUGCGGUCCGAGAUUGAGAAGCUGCGGGGUAAGACAGCAGGGAGUGUCUGUGACGAGAGCCACACCUCCAGCCUGAUCGAGAUCGCCACCCUCCGGGACAGGCUGAUGGAGAAGGAGCGGGAGAUGGAUGAAAUGUCAAGGUCAUGGCAGGAGAGACUGAGAAGGUCCGAGGAGAAAAAGGUUGCGGAAGGACGGGUGUUGGAGAAAUCAGGCAUUGCUCUGAAGGUGGACAACAAGCUCCCCAACCUGGUGAACCUGAACGAAGACCCACAGCUGUCGGAGAUGUUGCUCUACGUCAUCAAGGAGGGGCAGACGCGGGUUGGACGAAUGAGCGAGACUUCCAAGCAUGAUAUACAACUCAAUGGGGCCCUUAUUGCCGACAAUCACUGCAUCAUCAACAACGUUGAGGGUGUGAUAAGCAUUACUCCCAUCGGAGACGCACCAACCUAUGUCAACGGGAACCUCAUCUCUGAGCCCACGAUACUGCAUCAUGCUGACCGGGUGAUCCUGGGCGGUGACCACUACUUCCGGUUCAACCAUCCAAUGGAAGUCCAGAAGGGCAAGAAGACGAGUCUGACGUCCAGUGAGGUGAAGGACUUUGAGUUUGCCAAGCAGGAGUUACUGCGAGUCCAAGAAGCCAGGCUGCAGUGUGAGCUGGAUGAGGCGCGGCGGCAGGCUCAGCAGGAGCUGGUGGAGGAGGUGGAGAAGGCCAGGAAGGAGGCUGCCCAGGUGCUGGACCAGCAGAAGACAGGCUACGAGGACAGGCUGGCACAGCUGGAGCAGGCACUGAGCAGCCAGAGUCUCGAGGCUCGCAAGGCAGAGGAGUGGAGACAAGAGGCUGAGGAUAUCAUCAGCAAGCUGAAGAAACAGAAGAUGAUGCUGGAGCAGGAGGUGUUGGCAGGGAGGAGGAGGCAGGUGGAGGAGGCCCAGGCAGCGGAGAAGACAGCGGGACAGAUACCACUGGGCAGGUCUCGACUUCUGGAACUGCUGCACUCAGAGAAACAGAAGGCAGUGGAGAACCUGGAGAAGCUGAAACAGAAGCGUACCGAGAUGAUGACACCGUCCAAACGCCAGCGAGUGCCUGACACCAUGACCGGUCGCACUGACCUCUACAAGGUGGCGCUGCUACUGAGGGAAGCCAACAAGAUCAGUCAGUACCUGAAGAAGAAUACGACAUUCAGCCGGGAAGACAUUUUGGAAGAUGACCAAGUGAAGCCGCUCAUCAAAGUGACCAACACCAAACAUAACAUCUGCACGUACUGGACACUGGUCAAGUUUGAGGAGAAGCUGUUGCACAUGAGGGAUCUGUUCCAGAACGAGGGUGAGAGUUGUUCGGAGGAUGACGAGGUGUUCCAUGACCCUGGGGACAGCUGGGAGAGGGACCCUCACCUGGCCGGCUCCCCCCUCAACUCCCCCCAGGUCAUGGCUGGCUACCACCGGAGUCCUCUGUCCUCCUGCCGGUCCUCCCAACUCAGCAGUAGCAGCAGCUAUACGUACAAAAGAUUGUCUCUCGGAUCUGUUGGGAACCAUUCCAGCUUGGCUGAUGUUUCCCGGAUGUGCAAGGACCUUGUAGCAAGGAUCACCGACAGACAUUCAGGAACUGCACUACAAGAGAGUUUUGCCGACAAGAUUCUGUGCAGUUGUCACGACCUUCGUCUGUCUGUGUUAGCCAUCGUGGACUCGACGGGAGGACCUGAUGAUGAAUUGCACAGCCAGGAGAGACACCUGCUGCAGCUGGCUGUGUGCCUCCAGCAGCUGUCGACCGGCUGCAGUCUGUGGGCGCAGCUGUAUGAGGGAUGUGAGUCAUCCAACCUCACGGAGCUGCUGCAGCAGCUAGUGUCACAGCUUCGGACAGUCAGCGGUCAUGUUGCAAUGUUUAUACAGGGUUGUGAAAAUGAACUACGCAGUAUGGUCCAAGAGUCGGGGAUGAAGAUCAUCGACAGUGUCAUCAAGAUGUGUCGGCAGUGCGGGGAGAUUGCACUGGUCACAGACACUCACAUGACAUCGUUUGACGUCCAAGGGGAACAUCGACAUCAACAGCUGGCUCAUGACGUCUGCCAGGCGUUCCUGUCUGGAGGGGACUCCCACGUGGACAGGUCCCUACAAGAUGGCGUUCAGUCCCUCGAGGAGACCGAGUGUCGAGCACAAGCUCUGGCAGACCAAGCCGUCACAAGUCUGAAAUAUGGUGAUCUACCCCAGCACAUAGAAAUUGUUGUUUCAACCAACAAAGUUUUGCUGCAGAAGUGUCAAGAAAUUCAGAUUGAGCUGGACACAAGCAUGCGAGACAGCUCCGACUCUCACUUACCGCACUUCUACCAGACAAGCUUCCGACGAUCUCAAGCCCUCUUGUCUCACAUCAACAGUUUGGUAGACACAGCAAGUCUCCUUGUCCAGUCAGCUGUACCUGUGUUAGAAGACACCAGUGGAGGGGAUGUCCGGCGAGUGUACCGCUGUGCAGAGCUGAUACAGAAGGCUGCUCUGAGAAUGCUGAGCUCAGCGGGCAGAGGGCCCGUCAAGGACUCAGGGUCUGACCUAGAAGAGAUGUCUGUUCUCUCCGAUUCUCAAGCCGAACAGUUGGAAUAUGCUGGACAGGAAGUGAACUCUGCGACGAUCUCUCUCAUGGAGAAUGUGUCAAAGUUUAUCAGUGCUGACAAGUGGACAAUAUCCCCAGGUCGUGGGAAGAGGUUGUUACCAAUCUCUCCAGAGAAGUCUCCUGGUGGGCCUGUACCUUCUCGAUGUGUGUCGGUGAAGAAAAACAUCAUUCUUGUCAAUGGUGCUAAGUCAUGAGAUUUGCAGAGAAGAUGGAAACCAAAUGUAGACCAGCACCACAUUUUAUUUAACCGGUGCUAAGAUGUAACUUCCACAGAUGAAUAUCAGUUAUGUCAUGAAAUAAUACUGUUUAAUAAUCACAAAUAAUUGAUUUUAGAUUCAAGACAGUUGGUGAUUUUAUACAUAUAUAAACCUCCAUGACAAACAAUUAACAUAAUCAAAUCAUGUAGGAAAGUAUUUUAUAUGUAUAUAGUUACUUAUCCUGACAACGGUGAACAAAUCCCUGGGCAUACUUCAUGACUUGUAUUUUGAAAGACAUAACCAAAACAUUGCAAUGUUUUUAAUAGCUUUCUCAUGUUAAAGUUGGCACUGUAGUUUCAUGUAUUCUGUGAUUAGUAGAUCACCCUGGAAUGCUUUCCUGUUAAGGGUACUCUACCAUUGCCCGUCUGGCAUAUAUACUACUAACAACAUAACUACUUGCCUAAACUGCUUAUCAGUGUAUUGAAUUGACACCAGUUUCAGGUCUUCAGCAACCCGUGCUUGCCGUAAAAGGUGACUUUGCCUGUCGUAAGAGGCGACUAACGGGACCGGGUGGUCAGACUCCACACUUGGUUGAUGCAUGACAUCAAUCCUAAUUGCCUGGA